AUGUAUCUCACACGGAGCCAGUCGGACAUCUCCCAAGAUCAGGAACAUGUCGAGCUGAAGAUCUUCCUCGCCUUCCAAUUCACCGGCGCCAUCGGUCUUCUCGCGGUGCUCGUUACCGCGCUGUUUGCACCCAAGGUGUACAGGCACUUCACGUGGCUAAAUUUCUGCAUUACCUGGUUGAUCUACUGCAUAUCGUACACGCUGCUCGCUUUCAGUGGGCAGCAGACGAGGGCAGCAGCGCCCGAUUUCCCGCUAUGCCUCACGCAGGCGUGCUUGAUCUAUGCAGCACCCGUACUUGUCUCGAUGUCCACCUUUUCGCUUGUGCUGCAGCUGUACUUUACGCUCCGCAACGCACUGCGGCCUCCAAAGCAAGCUACUCAGGGCAACUACCUGCGCAACGCCUUCCUGCUGCUCGCACCAUACAUUGCGUGGCUCGGGUUCGCCGUCGCGAUCCUCGUGGUCGGAACCAAGAACCCCCACGCUGUUCAGCGCGCGGGCGGCCUGGUGUACUGCACGAUCAAGACCGCACCUCCAGGAAACGUCACAGCUAUAUGCGUCGCCGUCAUCCUGUUGGUCAUGGUCGGGCUCGACAUCUACAUCGGUACCGUACUGUACAGGAACUGGCGCGCACUGCGCGGGUCCGAUCACCCCGGGGCGAUCCCGUUCUCGCUCAUCGUCCGCGUUUCGAUCUUCAGCUUCUUCUGCAUCGUGGGCAUAGGCUGCGCGUUCGUGUUCCUGUCGAACGUUUCGUUCUUUGCUGGCAAUACUAUCAUUGCUCUCAUGCCUCUGAUCGCCUUCCUCGUGUUCGGCACACAGCGGGACAUUAUUAACGUCUGGAUGUUCUGGCGGCGGUGA